UUAUGAGAUGUUGUUAAAUUCUGUAUUAGAAAGGUCGGAAUGGAACGAAUAAAAGUAUGCAAAAUCAACUUGCCAUGCGAUUACGAAAUUCAAAGCAACAUUCAAUUUCUAUUUCGCAAUUAUAUUGAGAAGUAGUGAAAUCUACUUGAAUCGAAUAGGUCGUAAAUUGUGACUAUGUUGUGGAGAGUUUCUAUUUACAUAUUAUUUUUAUUUUACUACACUGGCAAUGGUCAAAUUCAGCUUGUACCAAUCGUAAAUGGAACAGCAAAUGUAAAAAAAUUGUUAGGUGAAGAUCAAGCGGGGUCUAUAAAAACCUUAAAAGCUAAAAGACCGGAAAACGGCAACCUGCUGCUGCCGUCACAAUGGGCGCUAGGGCCCGAGGGAACGCCUCGAUGGCCUAACGGAGAAAUCAAAGUCUAUAUUGACAGUGAUUCUUAUGGUGACGGCAUAGCGGGUCGCGUGCUGGACACACUUAACAAAUUUCAGAGCCAUGAUGGCUACCUCUGCCCCCAAGUACAGGAGUUGAAAGAGAAGCCGACCGAACCGGUUGGAAGCUGGUUGCACAUUACAAAUCCGGACCGAGUCCGGCCGUGCGUCCACGACGCGGGGGUUGACGAUAAUGGAGAAAUUAAAGUAGUGUUAGGAUACGACUGUCUCAAGCCUCGGGAGAUCCUGCAUACCAUCCUGCACGGGCUAGGAUUCCGAGAUGAGGUGACGCAUCCACAGCGGGACCUCUUCGUCAGGGUCAUGUGGGAGAACAUACAGCCAGCCUUCAGAUCGAUGUUCCGAAUCCAGUCAGUGGAGACGAACGACGCCGGCUUGAUGGAGUACGAUCCCAUGAGCGUGAUGCAUUUUCACGACCGCGCCUACAGUCUCAACGGGCACCCUACUAUAAUGCCUAUGCUUCCAGGAUUGAAAGUAGAGCCUUCAGACGAACUGUCGCAUCUAGACAAAAUGAAGAUAAAAAGGAUGUUCAGCCAUGAAUGCAAGAAACGUCUAGUCGACAACGUUAUCCAUAGAACAUGCGCCAGAUUUGACGAACUUAAAGGAGAAGCCAUACCAAAUAACAAUGGAAUUAAUGGAUGUCCUACUGUUAAUGGUAAUCCUGGGGAAGAUAUUAUAAUACCUGGUAACGAUGUUACACUUCAAAAUGAUGAAAGCGCUGAUGACCAAGGGAUCGGCAAUGAAGUUAGUGAUGAUCAAUCAGGAAUGAACUUGGAUGUGGGGGAAGAUAAUGGUCCCCGAGUUAUAAUACCCGGCAAUGAUGUAAAAGUAGUUGAUAGUGGAGUCUCUGAUAAUGAUGCCGGCGAAGAUAAUAAAAUUUUAACAGGCAAUAACGUGAAUACAAACGAAGGAGUGAGUGACGAAGGUGUUAGUGACGAAGGUGUUAGUGCCGAAGGUGUUAGUGACAAAGGUGUUAAUGAUGAAGGUGUUAGUGACGACGCCAUUAGUGGCAUUGACAUGUCACAAGCAGCUAAGCCCGUAAAACAAGUUAAAAAGCUUUUAGGUAAGGGCAAGCGAGGGGUAUAUAACUAUAAUAAUAUUCCCGACGAUGAGCUUAUUGUCGUUGGGUACGGGCCGAACGAAACAUAACACAAUAUUAUUCAAUUAAAACUUUACACACCAGCA